CUCUCUCAUGCUGCCCCUGAUUAGAGGAAUUUCUGCACAAACUUCCUUCCACUCCACAGAGGGUGAACAUAUGUUGCAGACUUAACAGAGAGAGUCAUACAAAGCUGGACUACUUUUUUUGUUCUUGGAUUGCUUCUCUCAAGUCAGGGUCUUCAUGCAUUUGGGUCUUUGCAUCAGGUUAUAUGAAUGUGGAAGUUUGUUUGUGAACUUUGAAGAUAAUUGUAACCACUUGUAGACAUGGAUACUUCCUUUGCUGUGACCAUCCUACUCUCUCUUCAUCUGCACUGCCACCUCCUUGUCUGGGCAGCAAUGGACUCCUGCUAUGAUGAUGAGGGCACCCCAAGCACAUGCAUGCCCAGGUUUGAGAACCUGGCUUUCAAUCGUACUGCGGUGGCAUCAAAUGUGUGCGGCUCCCCACCUGAGGACUACUGCAUGCAGACUGGCUCAACACGCUCGUGCCACUACUGUGACGCAUCAGACCCAGACCUACACCACAAUGCUAGCCUCCUGACAGACUUCCACAGGAGCGAGGAGAACACAUGGUGGCAGAGCCAGUCCAUGUAUUAUGGUAUCCAGCACCCCAAUUCUGUCAACCUCACCCUCCACCUGGGGAAGGCUUUCGAGAUAACCUAUAUACGAUUGAAAUUCUACACCAGCCGGCCGGAGAGCUUCGCCAUCUACAAGCGCACAGAACAGGAUGGGCCCUGGUUGCCUUACCAAUAUUACAGCGCCUCUUGUAAGAAGACCUACGGGAAGGAUUCUAAGGGUUACAUUCGCCCAGGAGAUGAUGAGAGGACUGCUCUGUGUACAGAUGAGUUCAGUGAUAUCUCCCCCCUUACUGGCGGAAACGUGGCUUUUUCCACCCUGGAGGGACGACCCAGUGCAUACAACUUUGACCAAAGCGUGGUGUUGCAGGAAUGGGUGACAGCCACUGACCUCCUCAUCUCUCUGGACAGGCUUAACACCUUUGGAGACGAGUUCUUCAAGGACGCUAAAGUGUUGCGCUCGUACUUCUAUGCCAUCUCUGAUUUCUCCGUGGGUGGCAGAUGUAAGUGUAACGGUCACGCCAGCGAGUGCUUUGAGGGCGAACACGGUGGCCUGGUCUGUGCCUGCGAGCAUCACACAGUGGGAGAUGACUGCCAGAGAUGUCACCCCUUUUACCAGGAUAGACCUUGGUCAAGGGCCUCUGGGGACUCUGCCAACGAGUGUUUAAAGUGUAACUGCAGUGGGAGGUCAGAUGACUGUGCGUUUGACAUGGAGCAGUACCGGAGCACCGGCAGUGGGGGGCGCUGUGUGAACUGCAGAGAUAACACUGAUGGGCCCCAUUGUGAGCGCUGCAGAGAUAACCACUACAGGAGAUCUGCUGAGGAGCCCUGCCUGCCCUGCAACUGCAACAUUAAUGGUUCAGUUAGUCUGCAGUGUGAUGUAGAUGGAAGGUGUGCGUGUCGAGCUGGCGUGACAGGGGAGAAGUGUGACACAUGUCGGGCUGGCUUUCACUCGCUCGGCCCUGGUGGCUGCAGGCCGUGCGAGUGUGACCCCGACGGAAGUGUGGACGACUGCUCUUCUCUGGACGGACGAUGUUACUGCAAGCCAAACGUGGAGGGACAGAGCUGUGACAGAUGCAAGCCAGGGUUUUUCAACCUACAACAAGGAAACCCAGAAGGCUGUCAACCUUGUUUCUGCCAUGGCCAUUCCCUGGCUUGUUCCUCAUCCAAUCACUACGCUGCUGUCAACAUCACUUCUGACUUCAUUGAAGAUCAAGAUGGCUGGUCGGGAGAGUUCUCUGGAGGGCAGGAGUACCCCCUGCUGUGGAAGGAGGGUGAAGUCUUCCUGCUGCCUCUCACUGAGGAAGACAUCGGAUUCUACAAAGCCCCUGAGAAAUUCCUGGGUCACCAAGUCUACAGCUACAACCAGCUCCUCUCCAUCACCUUCACCUCGGAGACUGUCGACCUGCUUCCCAACAACGUCACCUUGCUUCUCCAAGGCUCUGGAAUCACCCUGUCUGCUGACCUUUCACCCCAACCAGUGCUUGACCAUGACCCCAGCCUCUCACCGCGGCACUCCUUUAUUGUCAGGCUUCAUGAAAACGAGAUGCGAUUUAAACCUGCGCCGUCUGCCUUUGAUUUUCAACGUCUCCUGUACAACCUGACAGCCCUCAGCAUCAGCAACGCCGGAGGACACAACUACACAUCCCAGCUCGCGAGGGUGACCCUGACCUCAGCUUUAAUCUCUUCUGCUCCAGCGAGCCCUCCCGCCCCGUGGGUGGAAUCCUGUUCCUGUCCCCCGGGUUUUGCAGGCCAGUUUUGCGAACGCUGUGCCCCAGGAUUCACCCGCGAAGACCCCGGCAGAGGGACUUUCUCGACGUGCGUGCCGUGCAACUGCCAUCGGCAUGGAACCUGUCACCCAGAGACAGGCGUCUGUGAGUGCUCAGACUUCACCGCUGGGAUGACCUGUGAGCGCUGCCUGGAUGGUUACUAUGGCAUCGCUUUGACUGGCACGCCUGGUGAUUGUCAGCCUUGCCCUUGCCCAGACUAUACCAGCUGUGCCCAAAUUGCAGAGACAGGACAGGUGGUCUGUACCAACUGCCCUGCAGGACAGACAGGGAUGCGCUGUCAGAUGUGUGAAGACGGUUACUAUGGUGACCCCCUGGGACAAUAUGGGUCGGCUCGACCGUGCGUGAGAUGCGACUGCAAUGGCAACGUGGACUUCAACGCGGUGGGAAUAUGUGACCGGGCCACUGGCCGAUGUUUGAAAUGCGUGGGACACACAGAGGGGGAACACUGCCAACGCUGCCGGCGGGGUUUCUACGGCGAUGCCCUGCAACAGACAGCUGGCCAGAAGUGCAAGCCGUGCAGCUGUAAUCCUGCCGGAACCUCUGGGCAUGUAAAUGAAUGCCACCCUCAGACAGGAAAUUGUCAGUGCCUCAGUCACGUGACAGGACGGGAUUGCAGUUAUUGUGAAGUUGGCUUCUUCGACCUCCAACCAGGUUUAGGAUGUGAGAGGUGCAAGUGUAAUCCAAUUGGCUCGUCGUCCGUCGGAUGUCAUCCGGCCACAGGGCAGUGUGUGUGUCGUGCAGGAGUGGAGGGGAGACUGUGUGAUACUUGCCGUGUGGGCUUCUUUGGAUUCUCGUCACGAGGUUGCAGAGCCUGUAACUGCGACACAAUGGGCUCGGUUUCCAUGCAGUGUCACAGCAACGGCACCUGCCACUGUCGCGAGGGCUUCGUGGGUUAUAAGUGCGACAAAUGCGAAAUGAACUACUUCUACGACAAAGCCACGCACCAGUGUGAGGAGUGUCCAGUUUGCUAUGGCCUUGUUAAGAAACAGGCAGAAAAGCUGAGGACUCGCCUGCAGGAUUUGGAGAAGCUCUUGGCUCACUUUGAUUGUCGAGGUAGAUUUGGGAAGCAGCACCACCUGCUGAAGUAUCACAUGGCCAGGCUUUAUGAGCAUGAGCACCAGAGGGAGGAUACUCUACCCAAUGCUCUGGAGGAUUUUCUGGCCUUCCAAGAAGCUCGGGAGGCCUUCAUAAAACAGUUUUCCUUGCUGGAAGCUUCUACAGGCACACUCUUAGCCCAGCUGCAUGGCAUUACAUCUACUUUGAACUGCAGCAUCAGCAUGACAGAGGGAGAAAGGAACGAGAGCGGGAAGGAUGAAGGGAGCAAGGGUGUGUGUCAAACCUUCACGGAGACGAUUUCCAUGAUCAGAGCGUCUGAGAAACAGCUAAAGCAGGCAACACUGGACCUGGACAACAUGAUCAUUCCUUUUGAGGCGGCGUCAGGACCGAACAAAUGGAACAUUAUGGUCAAUGACUCACAGGCUCUGAUGAAAAGUCACAGAGAAACGGCAGAUCUCAUCGAGGCCGUAGCCAGCAGGGCGGUAAAAGCCUCAAAGCAGACCUUCGGGUUCCUGAUGGAUCUACUGCAGGACAACUCCACAGAGGAGUACAUCAGGAACCUAACGGAGCAAAUCACACAAAUGCAACAGCAGAAAGAGAACCUGACAGCACAGGUGAACGCUACUGUAGCCAAACACUUGGCCCUGGAGGAGGAAGCUUCUGGUUUAAAGUUUGCCCUUGGUAACAUCACAUCAUCCUUACAUCAGCUGGCUCUGUCGGAUGCCAGCGUAUCAUCAGAGCCUGACCAAACACUGCUCAACCAAAUGCGUCCAAACAACUACACAACAGAGUGGGCCGAGGACCUGAUGAAACAGACAGAAGAGCUGGACCGGCAAAUUCAGACCAAAGACAAUCUCAUCAGUAAGAUGGGAGAGGAGAUGGAGCCUCUAAAACAGACUGCCAAUAAGAAACUGGAAAUGGUGGAUGAUGUCAGUGAGCUGCAAGCUCGUGUUCAAGGAGCGAAGGUCACGGCUUUGACGUCCGUGGUGAAAGGGAAGGAGGUGGAAUCGGACGUCAUCACACUGUACAGAGAACUAGAGAAUAUGGCGAUGGAGUGGCCCCGUCGGCAGGUCCAGACCAAGGCUGUGAUGAAGAAGGAAAAGCCCCUGGGGGACAAGGUUCUAGCUGAUGUCAGGAAAAAGGUCUCACAGAUUGAGAAGACACUAAAGCCAGCUCUGGAAAACUCCAGCCUCUCCAACAACAUCACCAAAGAGGCAGAACAAACGGCACAUGCUGUGGCAAAGGAAUCCAAAGCCAUUCUGACACAGGCCAAGCACACCAGAACUGCAUCAGCUCACCUCAGCUCCCAUAUAGACUCUGCAUUACAGCAGCUGGACAAGCAGGAGAGGCUAACUCGCACAAAAAACUCCCAGAUGACCUCAGAGCCUGAGGUGUCCCUGGUCAAAGUAAAGGAAGACAUGGAAGCAGCCAAGCUCCAGUUAAAGGCCUAUUCUCUUACACUAACUGAGCUAAUCAGCAAGAUUGAUGGGAAUGUACCGCUGGAGAGAUUCGACCGAAUCUUGAGCGAGACGGCGCGUCGCCUGAGCAUGCUCCGCGGCAGCGUCGAGAGCCCGGCGCUGGGCUCCAAAAUCCAGAAGCUGCAUUCAGCCGCGAAGGAACAACAGAGCCGGAUGUCCCUCAUUGAACAGGACUUACAGGAGAUCAGGGAGGAGAGAGACAGUCUCAGGGACAUUGCCUUAAACCUGCCUGAGUCCUGUCCCCAGGCCACAGGAGCAGGCAAAGGCUAGACACUGUACAUGGCAGUGAUUAAGUCAUUGAUUAGACAGCUGAAGGUCUGAACUGUGCUCGUGUUUUUAUUCAGCUUCAAAAAAAAAAAAGUCAGCAUUUAAUAUUCUUUCCCCGAGGUACAAUUUAUUCCACCGCCUCGAUACAGUGACACACAUUUCCACCAAAAAGCCGCAGACUUAGUCACUGUCUCUCAUGAUUUAUACCUAAUCUUCCUUUUUUCCUUUUUGUUUUUUUAUUUCACACACAACAUCAGAACUUUAAUUUCACCGUGAAUAAUAACCAGCCGCUCUGAAACUGCUGGAGUGCACUGUCAAGUUUAAAAUAAUGCUGAUUUUCCUUUUUGCGGGGGUAAAAGGUGUGUCUGAGUGCUCCUCCAGACUGACACAUUCAUUUACACUCGAGCUCCUUUUCAUCAGCCCGGCUUAAUUAACAAUUAGUCCUCGUGGCCUCGGCGGAGUUCAGGUCAGGCUUCAACAGCACACACAACCUGUGUUCGGGAUCCUUACCGUUGCCUACCUCUUUUUUUUUUGUUUUCGUGGUUUCUCCCAUUUUUCUUUCCCUCUAGUGUCGCUAUCAAAAUGGUACCUUGUCUUGUGGGGGGGAUCAUGGUUGAUCACACUGUCUGACUCCUGGUGACCAAAAUGGAAAAGUUAAUUAUCUUAUUAUUGAUCAGGACUCAUGAAGUGAUAGUAAAAUGAUGUAAGAGACACGCAUUUCUGUUUUUAUGAAUGCUGAAUAACUGAUCAGGGUUCGGAAUUAGUCAUCUACAUCUGUAACCAUAUACCGAGUAUGUAAGGGCCUCACAUAGAAAGCAUUACACGUUAAAGUAUACUUGAAAGGGUCAUUUUUCAUACUGAAAUGUCUCUAACUUGUAGUCGAUGUUGGUUCAAGGAAUUCUCAGAUAACAAGAACAAUAAAAUAAGUAUUCAAUCCUUGACAUUCAUCUUUCCUUCCUUCCUUCUUUUCUGUCUCAUCUCUCUGUGUGUGUCUCGCUGGGCGUGGCCUCCAAUUUCCCUCUCACCUGCCUGAUUGCCUCACCACCUGUUCCCUCAUUCACGUCCAACUGCUGCAUAAGAUUCAACUUUCCGCACUCCAGGUCGCUCCUUCUCCCCAGCGGUAACAAGCACUACACUGCAACUCUUUACCGAUUGUCACGUCCAGCUUUUUAUUGCUCCCACAACUGCACUCUCCUGGAUUCCUGUCACCGCCACACCGGACACUCCGUCACUGGCUAACCUCGCCUGCACUGCACAUUCCCUUUGUGUCGUAAAUAAACUUUAAUUUAAAGAGAUUCUGGUGUUCUCCUUAACACCUUGUAACUUUGUACAUGAAAGGGAAUGUAGUUUGUAAUUCAUUCGACAUUGUAGCUGUGCGGACAGUUUCUUAAAGGACUAAUUUAAUAUUUUGGGACAUUUAUUUGCAUUUCUUCACCUGAAUAAGGAGAGUCUGUGUCUGUGUGCACUAAAUGUGAUGCUACAGUACCAAAACUCUCAACGAGAAUUUCCUUAGAUGUCAAAAUAUUUCUAAUUCUGAAAUUAAAUUAAAAACACAACGCUUAUAUUCAGGUGAUUAAAGUCCAAAUCAAAAUUCCACAGUCACGUCCUGUCAGUUAUAUGAUGUUUAUUCACUAAAAAGUAACCGCAAACUUCAACAAAAAAUAUCAGAGACUAUGUCACCCUCUUUGUCCAACUGCACAGGUAAAAAUAAGGUGAAACCACAACCACACCCCCCUUUGCCACUUACCGGAAGUCAAGAUGAUCUUAACAAACACGUUUUGGCUCCUGCACAUAGUUUUACAUAAGAAAUCGGACACAUUGGACGUUUAACUCCACUGUGCAGUGAAAUCCAGAUUCUCUUUUUGUAAUGUGAUAAUGUGAAGUAGUGCAAAGUUAAAACGCAACAACACGCUGCAAUUCACACAUUGAUUGUCGAGCUUGAAUAUUUUAUCACGUUUGCAGUCAGACACACCACCGAUAAAAUAUGCACAUCCUGUAUAUGUGAUUUCUUCUUUUUCUCUUUCAUUGACACGUCUAAUGCCGCCGUAUCGUAUACGCCGUACGAUCAAAGAAACAAACAAAGAGUCUUGGACGAACUCUCUAGCAAGACAAUCAAUUCGACAACUUUGAUAUCAGCAAAGCUCUGGUAAAACAUCACACAUAAAACCUUCCAAAUUUUGUUAUGUGGAUAAACUUUUUUUACCCAGUUUAUAGCAGCUAAGUAUAGAACGUCAUUAGCAUAUGAAAAUGUAAUCCAGAUUCAGAACCGAGUCCUUAAAGUCAUCAGGUGCUUUAUUACAAUAUUCAUGCUUCAUAUUGUAGUGAAUAUUGCAGCAUUCUUUAUGAUGGCGUCUACCUUUAAAGCCAAGACAAUAUAAGUGUAUCCGUGCAUGUUACCUAGGAUUGCUCAGAGUUUUGGUAAUUUCACGCCCGCAGGCAUCAGUCCAACGGAGGUGGCCUCAAAAACACUUCACAUAGGAGCUCGUAUGCACAUUAAUAGCAGCAGGCGACACAUCUUUACAAUGUUUUCUGCGUGUAGUAAUGUGCAUCGACGGUUUUUACGUUGGGAGACGAUGGCAUUUACGCAGGAGGGGUGUCAUUUCACAGUUCUUUCCUUCACUCGACGCCAAUGUUCCUUUUUAUAACGGAGUGGACGCUCUAUCCGCUGGACUGGACGGCUGUAAUUCAAUUCAGUUCAAAGAGGCUUUAUUGGCAUAAUUAUACUGAAGUACAUUAUAUAAGAUAAAACACUUAAAAGAUAUGAAGAAAUGAUGAAACAACAAUCACAUUGGGAUCCCUCAAAGUCUGCUAAAGACUAUAUAAGACUGUACUCUGCUGCUAGACUCUGGAUGUUCUUUCCAAACAGGAUCGGUGUUUUGUUUAUGUUGGUUAUGUUGUCACAUUCAGAGUGUUUGGUGAGAUAUUUUGUCCGGACAGGCUGAGAGUUAUGUUCAUUCUGUUAGAAAGUGCAGCUCUGUCUCGAAGAACUCCUCUUCAGGGAGCCAUGAUGGUCAGGCUGUACUCACUGAGUCUGUUUUUAGUCACGGUAGUUCUUUGUUUAGUGUCAGGUACUGUCCGGUGGAGGCUCCUCACCUUCUUUCCUUUCUAGUGUACCGACCUCCACGUGUUUCCGUCUUACCACCUGCAUCUCAUCAACCGGUUGACCCUUGCUGCGUAAAAACCACCCUGGGCACAACACCACUGGCUCCCCUCACCUUAGAAGACCAUUAAAUCUAUGACAGAUUUAAACAAUUUGAGCCAGAUUUGAAUCCAAAGUCAGGAACACUUUCACUAUCUCGUCCUCCCAGACAGCUUAAAUGUAAAGAAAUAGCAAAUACACAUUAAGGACAGGCUUUUAGCAUAACCAUUGUAUUGUUGCCAGUGGUGGAGUAUUCUGAACUUGUGAAAGUGUUAUCAUCAAAAUGUACUCCAAAGUAAAAGUACUUAUUAUGCAAAAUAAUGGUCCCUGUCUGUGUUGAACUAUUAGAUAUGAUGUUUUCAGCUGAAUAUUACUGAUGCAUUAAUAUGUAUGUUGCAUUUUACUGCUCCGGUUGAAAGGUUGUCCUCAUUUGAACUACUUUAUAUACUGCUGGAUGGUUUAAUCUGCAACAUCUAAUGCAUCAUGUUCCAUAAGAACAUUAUAUAUUUUUAGCUUUGCUGUUGACAAAGACGCACCUAUAAAAAGUCAACUUUUCAUGAGUUCAGAACAGCUGUGAAAAAUGUGUUUUCCAGCUAAACCAAGAGGGUUUUUUAAACAGUUUAGAGCUUAGGAAGUUGGAGAGAAACAUUUAAUCCUUCGGUUUAUCAGUAAAAUCAUUAUUUAAAAUCACUAUAUUUGGUGAAACAUGAAUUGACUGGACUGGAAUUGAAUUCUAAAAAGUAACUAAACCCUUCAGACAAAAAAAAAGAAGAAGUAUAGGACCAAAUGUAGCAGUAGUAGAAGUUAAAUUCCACCUCUGAUUGUUGUGGUACAAGAAAAAGGUUUGAGCAAAUUUCUUUGAAGAUAAGAGGAACUCGAAUCAUUUGUUAGAAACACUUACACUGGAAGAGAAAGACGCUUUUGUCUCUCGUGAUAAAAAACAAUCAAAGAGCUCCCCGGUGUUUUUCAUUUCUCACAGAGAAUGGCGCAAAUUUGACAAGAGAAUUUGUUGCAGUUAAAAGUUAAAAGUUCAAGAAGAGAAAUGAGAGCGUCAGGGGAACACUCGCUUUAGUAUGCUCCCACUUUUUUUCAACAGUUACUUGACAACUUGUCAAACUUGACACCCUCAAGUCUUCUUCCAUCUGGCAUGUGUGUUUUUUAUUGUUG